CUUUUUGUAAAAUCAUUGUGAAACAUAAAGAAAAGGUUUGCGUGUACCCAAACGGUGAGAUGUGUAGUUCGGUGCGUCGCUGCCAUCAAGCACCGGCCAGAUGAUAGCGAACGAGAGCGCUAGAGCGAACGCACCACCAUCGGCCGGCGACUGUACCGGUGGUGUCCCACGGGAGUCGUUGUCAUCGUCGUCGUCAUCGUCGUGCCCGGGCGCUGCUGAAAUCAACACGGGAACGGUCAAGCGACGACCGACCUCACUAGAGGCGAAGGAGAAAACACCCUCACCGACCGGUGCACAUCAGAGGGGAAUAGAAAUUGAAGUUUCCUCCAACACAAAAGAAAACAUCGAGCAGCAGCAGCAAAAUGAAAAGCAUCCUGACCAGGGGACGAACCAGGGUAGUGCGAAUGAUACGUCCCGUGUGGUGCAGCGCGAGGGUUCGAAAAAAUCUCCCGACCGUCCGCCAAGCGCGGAGGCAAUCAAAUCUUCCUCCCCUUCCACUCAUGCCCAGCAAACGAACGUUGAUAGGAGAAAAGUGCUGAACGAAUCGAAGAUACCCGCUACCAAGACGACACGGUUGGACGAGCGGUUAAAGUCCAAACUCAAACCGCCAACCGCUCUACAAAGGGCAUCGAAUUUAACGUCUUCCAAGGGUGAUGUGAAAGGUUGUUCCCCUGGGGUGAUGAAGAGCAGCACUGGGGUGAGCGUUGGCCAGCGGGAGAAGAAGGUUAGCUCUCCUCCUAGCGCGUCCGAUCCGACGAGUGCGGGACGUACAGCGAAGAAAGUUUCCUUCAUACCGAACCUGUCCAUGAGUGCCGCGACGGUCACGACACCUGGUGGCAACGUUCGCACCAGCGCUGUCAAAACGAUUCUACGCACUCGAGCACAACAGCAGCAGCAGCAGCAGCAGCAAUCACAGCAGCAAGACAGUACCAUUGAGUACAAAGAACUGUACCGCGAUUACCCACUGCCCUUACCGCCCUAUCGUGAUCCACCACCGGCACCGCCGGCAUCCACCAACGUAGGAACCAUUGGGAAGCAACGACCGGAAACGAAACAGAUAUACGACGAACAACAACAACAGCAACAGCAACCUGAACCAGCCACCAAAAAUGAAGAUGUCAGCACGGCCGUCCGCUCCAAGCUGAAGGGCUUCGGAUUAGGUAAGCUGAUAUCGUCCCACACCGGGCAGGAGCGGCGAAACACUAACAAUUACGUCACCUUGCCCCCGUCACCGAAAGCGACACCGAAAACAAUGUCUUCCAAGGGAGCGUGUGUGGGGGGUGAUCUGCCAGCAAUUCCUCAGGUUACUUCAGUACCGACGGCAGGAGCAGGUUCACUCCCAACAGCAUCUGGUGGACAGGAAAAAGCAUGUCAACGCUCUCCAGACGAUAUCCUCUCCAAGCCGGAGUUUAGUUCCUCACUGUUUAAGAACCUUCCGGUGCGCCAGAAGAAGGGAACAGUACCUCAUCUGGAGAACUACUGUCUGUUUGACCCGUCGGUGGACUUCUUCAACGAGAAGGAACACAAAAUGCGUGCCAUCCCCGAGGCGGUGGAACUAGCCGAUCAGGUCCUGUAUCAGGAUCAUCUCAUCUACGACGCGGUGGUGGAUCGAGACUCGGACAAUUACUUCACGAUCGAACCAGAAUCGUUGGAGAUUGAGGUGAAGAAUAGGUUGUCGCUGGAAAAGGUGGAGGAAAAGAUCGAUGAGAUCUUCAACAAAACGCGCACCGCUUCGUCGUCUUCCACGAGCUCCACAAGCGGAUCGAGCCCGGACUAUCCGUCCAUGUUUAACUCGGUCAUAGAAACGCCGUCCUCAAACCUGGAGUCAACGGAUGAGAGUGAUUACGGGUUUCGGAAUCGUUUGAUGGAAAAUUUGAAGGUGCUGGUGCCGAAGUCUAUUUCGGGCUCGAUUCCGGACGAGAAUGCCGAGGUGCAGGAAAUACCGGACGAGGAGGCAGAAUUGGUUGAAGAUGCUACGGUUGCACCCUCCUCAUCUUCCGACUAUUAUGGUGUAGUGUUGAAAGCAGGUCCUGCCGCCGCCGCCGCCGCCUCACGGCUUGAGCGAGUUCAUCAGCAGCAAUCAGUGUCGCUGCCGAACUCUCCCCUUAUUCAACAUCGCCUCCAACAACAACAACAGCAGCAGGCGAUGAAGCAGCAACGAAAAUGUGAUGAAUCAUCAUCGUCCUCGUCUUCUGCAACCACUUCUCCUCCCAUCACUUCCAGUGAAGGAACAGCCCCGCCAGGAGCAACACUUCUCCGACAGAACACCUUCACGUGCUCCGGCAGCACGGUAACGCUUGUUGGAGAAAGCACGACGCAAGCCCAAGGGACACCAAAGGCAAUCAACGCCUCGUCCGCUACUACCGAGCAGGACAAGAUGUCCGUUCAGAAGGUGACAAAAAUGAAAUCCGUUACGAGUGUGCUCGGUGGCAACCACCAGGUUGGGAAGGUGGCUAAUUUUCUUCCCCUGCUCCGCAGCACCUUUGCGCUGGAUCCGCUCAAGUCCAGCUUUUCGCUGCCCCAGCUUCCGACGGGAGGCGGUCCAAUGGGUCGUGCUAGUUCCGGUGGCAGUAGCGCUACCGGAGCUAUCAGCAAGGUGCAAUCGCAGGCGAUAGCGCCUCACCAACCGCGGAACGGUUCGCUUGAUUCGACGCCGUUGUUUAACCGUUUGCGGAAACGGGAACGGCCGCUGUCGAACCAUAGUGAUGCCGAUAGUGGGUUUCUAUCUCCUGCCACACCGCCCGACUCGAACGGAGCGUCCAUCCUGGCAGCCUGCGAUGAGGUGAUGGAUCAGGCAGCACAAGGCACCGGCACAGCACAGCAAUCAACGUCCGAUGCGGUCGUCCUGGAGCAGUGCGACAGCAUUCAGGAGCUUAUACAGAUCUACACCGACUGGGCCAACUACUAUCUGGAGCGGGCAAAGUCGAAGAAGAAGGUGUCCGACCUGUCCGCCGACUGUCGCGAUGGGCUGCUGCUGGCCGAGGUGAUCGAAGCCGUCACCACCUUCAAAGUACCUGAUUUGGUGAAGAAACCAAAAACUGCGCAACACAUGUACGAUAACGUGAACGCGUGCCUCACGGUUCUGAAAUUGCAUCAAGUUGGCGGCUUGGAAUCGGUCACCCCGAAUGACAUCUGCAGCGGACGGUUAAAGGCGGUGCUGUCGCUCUUCUUCGCUUUAAGUCGAUACAAACAAGCGACGAAGCAGAAAUCUUCACUACAGCUACAACCACCGCAACUGCACCAGCAUCAGCAGCAGCAGCAGCAGCCGCCCCAGCAGCAUCAAACGAAGGUGGAAAUCCAUGCCGUCCCAGCCGAAAUGACGAAUCGACAACUUCCGGUACCGUACGCGAAGGCAGGCGUUAAUGGCGGCACAGCGAUACCGCUGCCGGCGACCGUGCUGGUCACGCGGCGAUGUCCACCGGACAAAGUGCGCCCGCUGCCACCGACACCGAACCAGCAGACGGGAUUACAUGGCGGGCUGCAGAAGCAUACGCUCGGUGCGGGUGGCAUCGGCAACAGCACACCCUCCGAUGGCAAUAGCUGCCCUGGGAGCCCGCAGCACCACAACGGCACCGCGAUAAUCACACAAAUCCCGAAGGGAAACAAUAGCCUACGUCUUCCGCAGGCGACGAACUGUAAGAUCCCGGCCAGCCCGUACUCCGGCUCGAGCACGCUGCAGCACCAUCAUCAGCACCACAACAACAACAACAACAACACCAUCACGCUGAUACCGAACGGUAACGUGACCAACAUUCCCGCCACCAACAACCCCUCGGCCCAGAAGCACUCCAUGCUGGACAAGUUCAAGCUGUUCAACAGCAAGGAAAAGCAGGACCGGGCCGCCCAAAAGUCACAAAUCUCGAAGCGUACCAGCUCGAGCAGUGGCUUCUCGUCGGCCCGCAGCGAACGGAGCGAUUCGAGCCUCAGCCUGGACAAUGGACACCACCAGGGAAGUGUGCAGCCAUCGUCCGCCAUCCCGGGCGCAAAGAUCAAAGAAUCGGGCCUGAAGAAGCUUGAAGGGGGUGUAAAAUCGCCAUCGCCCGCUCCCGGCAGCACCAAGCCCUCCUCCAACACCACCGCCAAGCUCAUCUCGUCAAAAUCGAGCUCGAAAGACGGCAGCAGCGCCAAAGCGGCGGCCAAGGCAGCGGCGGCGGCCGAAAAGCAACGCCAUCGGGACGCACCGCCGCUGGAGCAGUCGCCGCCCCAAACGCACAUUCCGCUCGCACCGCAGAAGGCGCAGAAAAUUCCGAUGGCGACAACCGUAACGACGACCUCGCUGGCGACGGGUGCGUCGGCGAUGGCCAAACCGUCGCCGGACCCGUCGUCCUCCUCUUCCCGUCUUAAGCUAGCCGCCGUGGGCGGCAGUCGCAAGCUGGACGCGAAAUCGGAAAGUAAAACAAGUUUGCAGCUGAUCGGUGCACCGAAACCGACGCCAAUGGUGCCUCCGCAGCAGCAGCAGCAGCAGCAGGCUCAACAGAUGCAACAGCCAGCAGUAGGCACCGGCAUCCCGAAACCGAUGGCUGCAAUCAAGGGUACGAGCAAGCCGUCGUCCCAGCCGCCAAGCGUUGUCACCGGCAAGGAGGAGCUGACGGUGUGCAAGCCGCAACAGGUGCCAAACAACAACAACGCCAACGGUGGUGCGAUCAGUCUCAGUGGCAACAACAACACCAUGAUGGGGCAGCUUCUCCAGCAACAGCAGCAGCAGCAGCAGCAGCAGCAACAGCUGCUCACGAAUGGCGCUAGCAACGGGCUGUCCGAUAGUAUGCACUCGAACUCCACGCAGGGCGCUUCGAUCGGUCAACACUCGACCAACUCGAGCGAAACGUCCAGUGUGGUUGCUUACCGGCCCAGUUCCGAGUCGGGCUCGGAGCAGCUUCUUCAGUCGCCUCAGAAGCUACAUCCAGCAAACGGGGUGGCUGCUGCUGGUCCGCUCGUCUUCAACGGCCAGCCGGAUGUGAACCUAAACAGCAACGGUACGGCUAGCCCCGGACACGUCUUCCACAAUGGUAAUCUGCACCACAACAGCAGCAGCAGCAGCAACAACAACAACCACAGCUCCAACACUGCCAACAACAACAACAACCUCAACAAGUUCCACACCGUGCCAGCGAAGCUGCUAAACACAAGCGCCGCAGGUCUUCAAUCUCCCGGCGGCCAUCAGACGACGAUCUACGAGCAGGAGGAGAAGCAGAUCACGGUGCUGCCGAUGCGGCCACUGCUCCGUGGGUACAACAGCCACGUGACGUUGCCGACGCGCGGUACCCGCGGUCAUCAUUCGCAUCAUCCGCACCAUCACCACCACCAACAGCAGCUGAUGGCGGCUGACUACUGUGAGGACUUUGCCGGUGGCGGCUACUGUAGCGACGGUGACGCACUGCGCAAGGUGCCGGCCCGCUACUCGGACAACAUGGACAACGGCUACCUUUCGGAGGGUGGUGGCGGCGGUGGUGGCAGUGUCAGCAUGCUGACAAGUGCAGGCCGGCAGCAGCACGCCUCCUACAUCAGCUCGCUGCGUGCCCGUACGCAGCUUCCGACGACCAUCGAAGAACGAUGUCGUAGCAGCCGUGGCGACCAUCUGGACAGUGUGGGAACGAACCCACCGGCAAUGGAGCACUCCGGACAUGUCAACGGCAAGAGCGCGCGGCACAGCAGCGGCAGCACGGUCGGACCGAACGGGCGCGAGUACUGGGGCAAGCUGCCGGAACCGGGUCCACACGGGCACGGUGGCAGCAGCAGCAACGGGGGCAGUCAGCACGGUUCCCAGCCGCCCAGUCCGACCGGUGGGCGUAAGGACAAGACCGGAUCCAGCCCGGGCCAGUCACGUCGCAGCACGCCCUCUUCGAAGAGUGGCUCGAGCCGGGCCAAAUCGGCGGCCGGUGUACCGCAAAGCUUCGGCUACAUUAAACGAGCGAACGGUGUAGAUCCACACCAGCAGCACCAGCAGCAGCAGCAGCAACAGGGACAAAAUCUGCUUCAAGGUGGACGAACGGCCCACGUUUCGGCCGUGCCGCGCUCGAGCAAGCUGAAGGUGUCCGGCGGCACCCAAACGACCACCGCCGACUUCCAAGCUAAAGUGCAACAACAUCCCCAAUAUCGCAGCUUCUCGCUCACGGGACCCGGCGCGGCCCAGCUCAGCCAGUCGGUGAAAGAAAGGUUUGGCUCCGGCACGCACAGUUUGCCCAAGCCCGGUUUAGAUAUGCAUGUCUUCCAGCAUAGAAUGUCCAAUCGCGCCUCCGCCAAGCUAACGGACGGCAGCCUCUCGGACACGCAAACGUACGCGGAGGUCAAGCCCGACUACGGUUCGUACGCGAUGUGGCUCAAGCACUCGAACACGGCCAGCAGCCGGCUGUCCGAGGGCGACACCACGCUUGAUGCCAUCGCGCACGGGACGGCCCCGUCGUCGGCGGUGGUUGCCGCCGGCUCGGUGACCGGUUCGCCCGGCCCAGCUACCCGGCCGCACAAGCUGCUGCAUCAUACGCGCGGUGAAACGCAACAGCCGCAUCUGCAUCAACAGUCGGCCACCAUGAACAGUCCGCGGCUGAACCGUAGCAACAGCAUCAGCUAUCUGAAAGAGAGGACCUACCCCAGAUCGACCAAGUCGGAGAAAAUGUAUCCCUCGAUGCUGAGCCGCGGCCCGGACGUGGAGAUUGAACCGUACUACUGUCUGCCGGUGGGGACGGUCGUGCAUCCGGGCAACGGUGGCAUGGUACCGUGGAGUCAGCCGACCUCACCGACACCACCGACGCGCGGCUUCGGUGGGCUGCUUUCGCCGACCCACGCCGGCAACAGUGCCGGCAGUCGGCUCACCUACCCGAAGAAGAACGAUGACGUGCAUGGCAGUCAGGCGUCACUACUAUCGGGCGGCUCGUCCCUGUACGGGUCGACCGAGGAACGGCAGGCAGGGGAGGUGCGCCGACUCAAGCGCGAACUAGCGGACGCCCGGGACCAGGUCAUGAGUCUUUCCAGCCAGCUGUCAACAAACGCUCACGUGGUGGCUGCGUUCGAGCAGAGUCUCUCCAACAUGACCCACAGACUGCAGUCGCUGACGGCGACGACGGAGAAAAAGGAUAGCGAAAUAUUGGACAUGCGGCAAACGAUAGAGCUGCUGCGGAAGCAAUCGAUCCAGGCCGGUUUAACUACCGCCCAUAUGCAGAGUAUGGGCGUACAAGUUAAUGGGCAGGUCAACGGAACGGCGAUCGCAGCUGAGCAGACGAAAACGACGACCACGACCGGUGGCGGCGGCGGCAGCGGUGCGACAAACGGUGGACAAAAGUCCACCGGUGGAGCAUCGUCCGCAGCGCCGGCCGGUGCGGAAAUGCAACGGUACCAUAGCUCCGACUCUAUGUGCUCGUUGAAUUCGGUCAGUUCCGGCUGCUCCGCCCAGGACAAGAGCAAGCAGAAGAAGAAGGGCUGGCUCCGCAGCUCCUUUACCAAAGCCUUUUCGCGCAAUGCCAAAAUCUCCAAAACCAAUCGCCAUGUGACGGCGGGUGGCAGCAAUGGCGGUGGGUCGACGACGGCAGCGGCAUCUGGUACAGUGCCGGACGGUGCAGCAGGCAACCAUCAUCAUCAUCACCACCACCACCAUCACCAUCAUGGGUCGGUGCUGGAGAAUGGCACAACGACGACGACCACCACGACGAGCGCGCUGGGGCUGAAGCAGGCCGCCGGCAUUCCACCGCCACCCGGUGCGGGACUGCCGCCACCGUCACCAACCAAAGGCAGUCCGCACAAAACGAUGACCGUCAUUGACAAUGCCAAACCCGUCGAUGCGAUCGUCGAGCUGAACGGUAACCCCGUGGUGGAAGAUCUCAAGAAGCAGCUGCGCGAGAAGGAUCUCGUCCUCACCGACAUCCGGCUCGAAGCGCUCAGCUCCGCCUCCCAGCUCGAAAGCCUCAAGGACACGGUGAUGAAGAUGCGCCAGGAGAUGAUGAACCUGAAGCAGAACAACGAGCGGCUCCAGCGGCUCGUCACGACUCGUUCGCUCGCCGGCAGCGAAGUUUCGCUCGGCCCCGUCAGCCCGAGCGGUUCGAUCGGCGAGCCGCGCCGCUACAGCCUAGCGGCUGACAACGGUAUGGGCCGGGCACCGCUCGAGCUGCCCCAGAACCUGGACGAAACGGAGGAGGACAAUAUUCCGCCGGCACCGGCGCCAGAACCACCGCCAGCACCGCUCAGCCCGGCCAUCAUCGCGGAACUGUCGCCCACGAUCGAGCGGGCCGCGAUGGUGAACGAAAUACUGACCACGCCCGCCGAAGAUGUGGCCGAUCCGGUCGAUGGGAAGAAGAUUUCGAUCGCGGUGUAUCUCGGCCAGCCCGAGUCGUUCCCGAAGUACGCGGAGGAGAUGAACGAAUGUGAUAACUACUACCACUCAUCGCCGGACGAUGAGGAGAAGGGUGAGGCCGGUGAGAAGGGUGGCCAUCCGCGGGGUGGCUCGUUUUCGCUCAGCAGCGGCGUCGAGACGAACGAGUUCGUGAUCGCGUACACGUACAUCUCGGGCAAGACGACCUGGCAGAAUCUGGACUAUAUUGUGCGGAAGACGUUUAAGGACUAUUUGUCGCGCAUCGAUCCGGGCACGAAUCUGGGGCUGAAUACGGACUCGAUCACGUCCUACCAUCUGGGGGAGGCAAAGCGUGGACCGGAGAUGGGUUUCCCCGAGCUGCUGCCGUGCGGGUACAUCAUCGGGAACGUGAAGACGCUGUACAUUUGCUUGCAGGGCGUCGGCAGCUUGGCGUUUGAUAGUUUGAUUUUGCGGAACAUCGUGCACCGGUACAUUUCGCUGCUGACUGAGCAUCGGCGGUUGAUACUGUGCGGGCCGAGCGGGACUGGAAAGUCUUAUUUGGCGCGCAAGUUGGCCGAGUUUCUGGUGGCGAGGGCUGGGCGGGAUAAUCCGAUCGAAGCGAUCGCUACGUUCAAUGUCGACCACAAAUCAUCGAAGGAGCUGCAGCAAUACCUUGGACACAUCGCGGAGCAGGCCUCAAUGUCCAACGGUGCGGCCGAGGAGCUGCCGGCAGUGAUCAUCCUGGACAAUCUGCACCAUGCGUCCGCCCUGGGGGAUGUGUUCUCCUGUCUACUCAGUGCCACCGCUGCCAAGCUGCCGUGCAUUAUCGGCACAAUGUCGCAAGCCACGUGCAACACGACCAACCUGCAGCUGCACCACAACUUCCGAUGGGUCCUGACGGCGAACCACAUGGAACCGGUGAAAGGUUUCCUGGGGCGCUUCCUGCGCCGCAAGCUCUUCUCGGUCGAGCUGCAGAACCAACAGCAGCAGCCCCAGCUCGAAAAGGUGCUCAAAUGGUUGCCCACCGUCUGGCAGCACAUCAACAGCUUCCUCGAGACGCACAGCUCGAGCGAUGUAACGAUCGGUCCGCGGCUCUUCCUCUCCUGCCCGAUGAAUCUGCCCGACUCGCAGGUAUGGUUCACGGACGUGUGGAACUACCAUCUUGCGCCGUACCUGAUGGAUGCGGUCCGGGAAGGCGUACAGCUGUACGGACGGCGCGGCGGUGCUUGGGUCGAUCCGUGCACGUACAUACGAGAGACGUACCCGUGGCCGGUCGGACCGACGACGGUGCCCCAGCUGCGCCAAAUUACGGCCGACGAUGUGGGGCUGGAGGCGAGCGCACCGGGCAAUGCGGAGAAUCAGGACCCGCUGCUGAACAUGCUGAUGCGACUGCAGGAGGCAGCGAACUAUAAUGGCAAUGCCGAGCAGGAUUCGGACUGUGCCAGCCUGGACUCGAACAUGACGCACGACAGCUCGGCCGGUGCGGAGUAAGGGCGGUUGGGACCAGCAUUAGCAUUGCAUGAUCACACCACUAGUUAGAAGAACACCAAGGAGAAAGAGAGAAUGGGAGAGAAAGGUCCGAUUUAAUAAGGAGAUUUUUUCACUAAUUAAGCCGAUAUUGGUAAUCGAAAAACCCCACGAAACCGAUUACAAAGUUGCAGUGGAGCAUUCCUUCUGAACCGAGAACACACUCCGGGACUGUAUAUACUUUCCCAAUCUACCGAAACACACAGUUGUUGGGUGGAAAAGGCGUGAAAAAGGCUAUUAAUUAAUUUCACUUCGCUGGCCACACACCGGUUUGCAAUCGGUAAUGCUAAUGAAAACUGCAGCAGCAAGGCACGGCCAGUGAGAGAGAGAAUGUUGUGUCAUCAUUGCCGUUUCGUGUCAUUAUUAAGGCUCAUUAACGCAAGUGAAACCAUUAAAUUAAUUAACAAUGUGUCCUAGGGGAUGAGGCGCAGAAGAGUGUGGUGGUUGAUGAAAAA